ACCCGAUCCGGUCAAAGCCAAGCAACUCUUCAUACGCUUCCCGUGGGCAGAGGCGGAGAAUUCAACGCAGCACUCUUGGCAAUGGCCGCCGCCGCUUCGCCCCUUUAUCCAGCUAGGAUAAAUCAAUUACAAUUGUUAAUCGCGAAAAAUAAUUAGCUGAUUUUUUUUUCUGACGAACUGAUAUUACUGCCACGACGAAUCGGAGUCGCCCACAUCUCCUCCAGGGGUUAUAAAUAGAUAUGAGUCAGCGGCCAAAUCCAAAUCCUCCUCCCGGAAUUGCAAACUAGAUUCUCACAAGUGGAUAGGAUAUCAUCUCGACUUUUCUCUUGCAGUGGCCAACAAGGAAUCGCGGAGAGCCUCUCUUGCUCGUGAUCUCGGUUUCUCGGACUGAUUCCGGACCGGGAUCUCGCAUUCCUCCCGGUUCUUAGCGUCAAAGAUCGCAGCUUUCUUGGACGGCGAGGUCGAUAGGGACCAUGGUGGCGGCGGCGGAGCGGGUGGUGGCGGAGCUCCGGGAGGCGUGCGCGGCGCCGGCGGGGCGGCUGAACGAGGUUGCCGCGGCGAUGGAGGAGGAGAUGAGGGCGGGGCUGCGAGAGGAGGGCGGCAGCAAGAUCAAGAUGAUCAUCUCCUACGUCGACAACCUCCCCACCGGGAAUGAAGAGGGCUUCUUCUACGCGUUGGAUCUCGGAGGAACAAACUUCCGUGUCUUGCGUGUGCAACUCGCUGGGAAAGAGAAGCGCGUAGCGAAGCGCGAGUCCAAGGAGGUCUCAAUCCCUCCCCACCUCAUGUCCGGCAACGCCUCGGAGCUGUUUAGCUUCAUUGCUUCGGCGUUAGCCAAAUUGGUCGCGAACGAAGAACACAUUGACAUGUUUGAUGGCAAGCAAAGGGAGCUGGGGUUCACGUUCUCAUUCCCUGUGAGACAAACAUCCAUUGCGUCGGGCACACUUAUCAAGUGGACCAAGGCAUUUUCGAUCGAUGAUGCUGUAGGUGAAGAUGUUGUGGCUGAAUUGCAGACGGCCAUGAAGAAGAAUGCCGUUGACAUGCGUGUUGCGGCACUGAUCAAUGACACUGUUGGGACCUUGGCUGCGGGCAGAUACAAUGAUGAAGAUGUCAUCGUUGGUGUGAUAUUAGGUACCGGCUCAAAUGCCGCAUAUGUUGAAGACGCAAGUGCCAUUCCGAAGUUGGAGGGCGAGUUACCUAAAUCAGGAAAUAUGGUGAUAAACACGGAGUGGGGCAAUUUCUACUCAUCCUGUCUCCCAAUCACAGAAUAUGAUCAAGCCUUGGAUGAGGAGAGCUUAAACCCAGGAGAGCAGAUCUUCGAGAAGCUGAUUUCGGGAAUGUAUCUUGGUGAAAUUGUAAGGAGGGUGCUUCUUAAAAUUGCGUUGCAAUCUACGCUCUUCGGCAAUGUCAGCCACACUAAGCUCAAAACUCGCUUCAUUUUGAGGACUCCUGAUAUCUCUGCAAUGCACCAUGAUGAAACACCUGAUUUGAGUGUUGUGUCUGAAAAACUGGCAGACAACCUGAAGAUUAGAGAUACAUCCUUGGAGACGAGGAAGAUGGUUGCCGAGAUCUGCGACAUCGUCACCAGCAGGUCUGCCCGGCUGGCCGCGGCAGGCAUCGUAGGGAUCCUCAGGAAGAUCGGGAGGGGCGUCCCCGGCGACGAGCGGCGGUCGGUCGUCGCCAUAGACGGCGGCCUGUUUGAGCACUACGCCGAGUUCAGGCAGUGCCUGGAGAGCACGCUGGUGGAGCUGCUCGGCGAGGAGGCGUCGAGGACGGUGUCAGUGAAGCUCACCAAAGACGGGUCCGGUCUCGGUGCCGCCCUGAUUGCAGCUGCUCACUCCCAAUACCAGCGCUGAGUCGCGGUCUCCAUUGCGCGAGCUCCAGCCCUUUUUUCUCUCACUCAUGGUGCACUUAGUUGUAGUGAAAUUUAUGUAUGUUUCAAAGAAGUUUGUUUGCAUGCAGAAGCCAAAGCCUACACUGAAUCAGUUCAGAUAAAAACAGUUUUGAAUUA